AUGACGGAGCACGGCAUCGCCAUUCCAGCCUCAGAUCAGACGUCGCCCUUUGGUCCACUCAGUAUGCUGUCAGCCUCCGAUAACUGCUCCAGCUCCUGCUCCAGCUCCAACACGUCCACCAUUCCUAGCAUGGCGCAGACUAUUCCACUACCGAGCCCCGACGAUCUUGAGUUUUCCCCGUAUCGACAUCCAGACGACAACUUUCUGCAAGGCUUGCCGGACUUCACUGGUUCACAGUGCGAUACCCCUAAGCAAACCACCAAUUGCUAUAACGCCAUGUCUCCCGAGCUCCACAUCGCUCCAGAGCUUCUCAAUAUAGGGUUCUGCGGAGCACCAUGGGAUCAGCAGCAACAGGAUCAGGAACAAAAUCAAUUUCUUUCCACUCCUAUGCUCUUCGAUGAAGGGCUGCCUUACUUUGGUUUGCUUACCCCUGAUGGUCACCAACCACGCCAUCUGGAUCAACACCAAAACGACAUACCAAUCCCGACCACAAGCAGCAACAAAGCCGAAACUGGCAGCUAUGCGAUUCUUCCACAAUAG